UCCAGAAGUCACUUCCGGGGUCGAGGAGAGACCAAUGAGACAUCUGCAGCUGCUGGAGGGGUUAGGAGCGGGGCCGCGCCUGCCUGAAGGCCUAAGGCGGGGUUUGCGCAUGCUCGUAUCAAGCUCUCCUAACCCGCCUUCCGGUGAACAUGUCACGUGUCUUGGAGUCGGAGACUGAGUUUAGCGGUACUGAGGAGCUCUAACUUUAGUCGGUCUGUAAUAGGUAUGAGUGAUUUCAGUGAAGAAUUAAAAGGGCCUGUAACAGAUGAUGAACAAGUGGAAACAUCUGUGCUCUCUGGUGCAGGAAUGCAUUUUCCUUGGCUUCAAACCUACAUAGAAACUGUGGCCAUUGGAGGGAAAAGGAAGAAGGAUUUUGCUCAGACAGCAAGUGCUUGUUUGAGUUUUAUCCAAGAAGCUCUGCUGAAGCACCAGUGGCAGCAAGCUGCAGAAUACAUGCCCAGUUAUUUUCAGACCUUGGAAGAUUCAGAUAGCUACAAAAGCAAUGUGGAGACUUUCAAUACUUUUGCUGACCGGAUGAAAAAUAUUGGCAUCAUGAAUUAUUUAAAGAUCUCAUUACAACACGCAUUAUAUCUUCUGCAUCAUGGAAUGCUUGAAGAUACUAAAGAAAAUGUGAGAGUUAAGAAAAUGACUGAAAUUAUGAUCAUAAAUGUUUACUGCAUAACAUUGCUGGAAUUCUAUGGGGAUCGAGAUGGAGCCCAAGAGGUACUCACCAAUUAUGCAUAUGAUGAAAAGUUUCCAUCGAAUCCAAAUGCCCACAUCUACUUACACAACUUUCUAAAGAGACAGAAGGCACCAACAUCAAAAUUGAUAAGUGUGCUUAAGAUUUUGUAUCAGAUUGUGCCAUCUCAUAAAUCGAUGUUGGAAUUCCAUACAUUACUUAGAAAAUCAGAAAAGGAAGAACACCAUAAACUGGGGUUGGAGGUAUUACUUGGAGUCUUCGAUUUUGCCGGAUGCACUAAGAAUAUAACUGCUUGGAAAUACUUGGCAAAAUAUCUGAAGAAGACCUUAGUGGGAAACCACCUUGUGUGGGUUUGAGAAGAGUGGAACUCCAGGAAAAGCUGGUGGCCACGCUUUCAUUUCAGCUACUUUUGGGCAAAAAGUGAUUGGAAGGAAGACACGGCUUUGGCCUGUGAGAAAGCCUUUGUGGCUGGAUUGCUGUUAGGAAAAGGUUGUAGGUAUUUUCGGUAUAUUUUAAAGCAAGAUCACCAAAUCUUAGGGAAGAAAAUUAAGCGGAUGAAGAGACCUGUGAAGAAACAGUGUUGUAAAUCCAAGACUCUGAUGCUGGGUUUUAGUUAUUUCACAGUAGUGGCUACACAGUGAGCAGCUCAGAGUUACUGAAUGUAUUUAUGUAGUGUAUUAAGAAGCUUAUAUGAGUCUAAAAAACUUAUUUUUAUAUAUUUUAAUUUUAUUUAUAGCUAGAGAAACAAUAUUACUGCCUUUGCUCUUUGUAAAUAUGUCUGUUUUCUUUUUUGUAAUGUUCAAUGUUACAUUUGUUAAGGAAUAAUUCUUUAAAUGAAAAAAAUAUUUAGAGAAUAUAGCUCUACAGCAGUUAUUGUUUGCAAAGAAUCUUCCUCUGGCUACUGUGUAAUAAAAUACAACAUCUGGUACUGUGAAA